UGCCUCAUCCUCCUGGUCAAACUCCUCAACUCCCUGCUCAAGGGGCAGGUGGCCAAAGCCAUACAGAAGGUCAUCAACACUGACCUCCCACACCCGCUCAGCUGGCUCACCGGGUACUUCGCCAUGGUGGUGGGUGCUGGGAUGACCUUCGUGGUGCAGAGCAGCUCUGUCUUCACCUCGGCCAUCACACCCCUGAUUGGCCUGGGGGUGAUCAGCAUUGAGCGUGCCUACCCACUGACCCUGGGCUCCAACAUUGGCACCACCACCACUGCCAUCCUGGCUGCCCUGGCCAGCCCAGGGGACAAGCUGGCCAGCUCCUUCCAGAUUGCUCUCUGCCACUUCUUCUUCAACAUCUCUGGCAUCCUGCUGUGGUACCCACUGCCCUUCACCCGCCUGCCCAUCCGCAUGGCCAAGGCGCUGGGGGAGCGCACAGCCAAGUACCGCUGGUUCGCCGUGCUGUACCUCAUCGUCUGCUUCCUCCUGCUGCCCUCCCUCAUCUUUGGCAUCUCCAUGGCGGGUUGGAGGGUACUGGUGGGGGUGGGUGCACCUUUCCUCGGCCUCCUCUUCUUCGUGGGGCUGGUGAAUGCACUGCAGGCGCACAGCCCUGGGCGCCUGCCCAAGUGGCUGCAGACCUGGGACUUCCUCCCUGCCUGGAUGCACUCGCUGCAGCCCCUUGACCGGGUCAUCACCCAGGCCACCCUCUGCUGCACCGACCGCUGCCGCAGCCCCGAGGGCUGGGAGGAGCACGAGGGUCCUCCCCACGACAAGGCCAGGCUGGGGCUGGACAACCCUGCGCUCUCCUACCCCGAGGAGAUGCCCAGCCCCACCAUCCGGGUGGGCUCCCCUCGCCUGCCCCCACAUGGUGCCACGCGGCUCUAGCUGGCACUG